AUGUCUUCCAUCAAGAUGAUAACAUUGAAGAGUUCCGACGGAGAGAUAUUCGAGGUAGAAGAGGCGGUGGCUCUUGAGAUGCAGACGAUCAAGUACAUGAUUGACGAUGGCUGUGUGGACACUGCCAUUCCCAUCGCCAACGUGACAAGCAAGAUCUUGGCUAAGGUUAUAGAGUAUUGCAAAUCGCAUGCCGAAGCUGCAAAGACUAGCCAGGAUGAUCUUAAGGACUUUGAUGCUAAUUUCAUCAAAGUUGACCAUACAACUCUAUUAGAUCUCAUCUUGGCCGCUAAUUUCCUUGACGUUAAGAGCUUGCUUGAUCUUACCGCCCAAGCUGUUGCAAAUCUGAUCGAGAAGAAGACAGUGGAGGAGGUUCGCAAAAUUUUUAACAUUCAAAAUGACUUCACACCUGAGGAAGAAGAAGAGAUCCGUAAAGAGAGUCCUUGGGCAUUUGAGUAAAAUACAUAUAUAAAUUUAGA